CAUUAUGCUUCAUUACAUCUGCAAUAUUUGACUGCACGGAAGUUGUGUGGGAAUUUGUAGAACAGAAUAGAGUAAACUAAGCAUAUCAACCUCAUUUUUAGUUAUGGCUACUGCAAUCAAUGCACAGGAGUGGUGGGCAGUGAGAAGGCAAGCCAUGGCUGGGACAUCCAAAACUUCACCCCUCAACACACCCAAUGCCAUUGCUCAAUGCAGAGCAAAGCAAUGUUCACAUGAUGGAGUGAAAGCAGGGGCAAAGGCAGCCGCAAUUGCAUUUGUUGCAUCUGCAAUUCCCGUGGUGAUGGGAGCACGGGCCAUUCCGUGGGCAAGGGCGAAUCUCAACUAUGUAGCUCAGGCACAUAUCAUCUCUUUAGUUAGUGGAGCGACUUAUUUCAUUGUGGCAGAUAAAACUAUUCUGGCCUCUGCCCGGAAAAAUUCCUUUGAAAAGUUGGGUCCCAUGGAAGCAUCGUUCUAAAUGGCAGGAGCAAUAAUGUAUAUAUCUAGUCCAGGCAUGGUGUAGACACAUGGAUCGUAGACAAUGGUAGGCUAGUUUUCAGGACUGAUAACGCCCACCUUCCUGUUUUCCUCGCAAUAGGAAGAACGGUGUAAAUGAGUUAUUGUAGUACUGCUCUCGAGGCACUUAUUUGUAAAUAUUGUUUUGCAAGUGUUGCUUACAAUUAGAAAAAUUUCAAUGGA